AUGUCCGCCUCUACCACUCGUUUUGCCAUCGACUAUGCGAAGAGAGUGGCCAGCUGUAAAAAAUGCAAAUUGCAACUGCCGAAAGGGGAAGUCCGUCUAGCAAAGAUCACACCGAAUCCAUUUAUACAGCGGGAAGAUGGACCUCCACCGGAUAUGAAAAUCUACCAUCAUCCUCACUGUUUAUUUGAAAUGUUCUUCAAGGCGCGUGUACGGUACAAAGGUCAUUGA